CCCCAAAUACGACAAUAGCUAACGUCAGCGUUGCAGAUACUGAAAUAGGUAAAACCCAAAGGUCUCGAGAAAGCUAGCUGCAUGUCGGGUAGUGCGGGUGUGGUAUGUAGGAACUGUGUCGAAACUCAAUCAAUACCACAGCGGCCUGCAGCUUAUCAGCUCUGAUCCCGAGGCAGAAGCGUUUUCGGUUUUCAACCAUCCCCGCGCUGAGGCCAUUCUGUCGUUCCGAACACAAUCAGAGAGAUUUCUAGUUCAGCUUUCUCUCUUGCUGGCCGCAAAGACAAUCCACGGCAUGAUCGAUCGCAACGGUUUCUGUGAGUCCAUUGGAAGUAAUUCAAAGUCCUAAGUGAGGUCCUCAAGUGUUAGGUGCUAGCUACAACUGGAUAGUAUGUAAAGUUAGCUGAGCUGGUUGAUCAUUUCGUGACUCACGUGAUAGCGGCUAUCCAACGCUCUCCAGUGAUAUUGUGUUGUUCGCCUUGGUGCCAUUUCUCUCAUGAGUAGUCUGUGCACGGGCAGCUUUCCAUCAGUUGGCUAGCAUUGUCCCAUUGCGUGAAACAGAAAGUGAUCGUGGUAGUGUUCGCGCUCCCCAUAGAUCUCGUACUGAACUCUGUUACUAUAUCCAGAGAGACCGGCGCAAGACGAAGCCAUUUGACUAGAGACCUAGCGCAGAGUGAAGAUCCAGUGGAGUGGAUUACCGUUUGCCUCGUGUGUGAGGCCACACUAAACUUCACAAAGAUCUUCUCCCAGAGCCUCUGCAUCCUUAGUCGUGGUUGCGCCACAUGUUCACUGGACGACGUUAAACAGAGGCGAAGUCUUAUGCAAACUAGUUCCGGCGUUCCUGUUGGAUACGAUAUUUCAGCGUUUUGUCAGGACGUUUCAUCUCCAGCGUUGGCGUAGUGCUGGAUAGCCCUGUAUGAACUGACCUUCAACGAUCGUGGAGAGAUCUUUCAUAGAAGGUCCUUAUCUGGACGCUACUAGUGACGACGUAGACACACUGCGUGGCUGUAGUGACGUGUUCACCGGAUCAGAGAGAGAACAACAACUCCUGUCUGGCUGUAUAGCACCUGAGGGAGAAAGAGAAUAGAAUUUAUCUGCUGAGCUGUCGUCCACGGUCCAGCUGCACAAUGUCUCUACCCAUACUGCUGUCCUUGCUGCUGUUGCAAACAGUACAUGUCCUCGGUCAUUUCGAUCAGCACUCAUCUUCACCAUUAGCCGAAGAGUUUCUAGCAGCAGAUCGUCCACUGAAGUGUCAGCGGAUGAAGAACCGCUUUGGGAAAAUAUGCUCUAGCUACGGUUACAACAUGACGAUGAUGCCUAACCUGCUCAAUCAUCAGCGACAGAAGGAAGCCUAUGCGCACUUUCAGGGCUAUGCGCGUCUGCUGGAAUCGCGCUGCUCUCCGGAUCUGCCGUUCUUGCUGUGCGCUUUCCACUUUCCGAUGUGCUCGGAUGCUGGACGCAGCGACGCCACCAGUGCCUUUGCUCCCGACCUGAUCGUACCAUGCCGGGGCCUGUGCGAGAGAGUGAGAGACAGCUGCCUGCCCACCAUGGCACAGCAUGGGUUCUUCUGGCCAGAGCAGAUGCAGUGUGAGAAGUUGCAGAUUAAGCCGCUGGUACGCACUCGGGAAGGAGAGCGCAUCGCUUGUGUGGAUCGGCCGUCAGGAGAAACAGUGACCGACCCACCCACAUGUCCACCUAUCUCGUGUGAUACGGUCAAGUUGAAGAAGAAAACGUUCAGCAAAGGCCUCUUCCACUUUGCCAUCGAGGCAUCGUACCUGGGCGGAUUUUUGCAGAAUGACCGCAAGGAGUUGCAAGUACGUUUGUCCAAUAUCCAUCACUUCUGCAGCCUGGCACCGGACAGUGCCUCGAAACUCCAGAUUGGCUCCAUGAUAGCACUGCGAACAGAGCAGGCUGACCUCUGCUCCUGCCCCGACCUGGAAACAGGGGCGACCUACCUCUUUACCGGGCACUUUGACCAGCAGGGACGCAUGAACGUAGACUCGCACAGAAGCAUGAUGAGUCUGGUGGGCUCACGGUCGCAGUCCAAGCAAAGUCGGCGCGUAAAGAAAUGGAUGAAGCGUUUCUGCAAGCGAUCCACCCUUUCCUUCCUCGCUCCACCCACGGAGUGAUCUGAUUCGAAAUUAUCAGAAACUCUUCCUCUCUUUUUACCUUUUUUUCUCCAUAUUUCGUGUUUAUUCUGCAUAAUUAUAAGAUACAAUAAUAAACAGGUAGCUGUAAGUGGGGUACAUCUUGAGUAUAUCAAUAAUUAUGUUUCAAUAAUGAGAUAAAGGUCACAUGAUUUGCUUCGCUUGGCCACUUUCUUGUCCGCUGGCCGAAGCACAUCUAUUAUUUAAUGCCUAUCCCAGUUCAAACCUACUUGUACGUACAUGUAUGUGAAUGAAGGAAACAUGCAUGCGUGUCAUCUGCACUGGAUUAUGGAGAUCAUGGAAGUGGCUCCAUUGGUAAUAAGUAAUGUACUGGUGGUGAGUCUGACCACCUUGAACUGAAUUCAGACUAACCUAAGUAUUACACCAUCUGUCUUUGUCCAUGAGUUCAUGUCUAUGUUCGAUGCCACUCUGCGUGACGUUUGCCUGUUAUGCUGGAAUUGCAUUGCAAACACAGAUGGUCUGUGUUCAUGCGACGAUAUCGUAUUUAGAUUGCUCUAGUGCGAGAUUGACCUUUGAGAAAUAAUUGCUGAGAACCAUUUGCUGGCAGAUUUUCCAUGAUUGCAAUCUACAUGUAGAUAAUAUGAUUAUAAGCAUAA